AUGGCUGCUCCUGCAGAGGUAGUGGACGUCGUCCGGGAUGCUGUCGACUCCACUGACCCUCAUCUCUCGGACCCUCCCCUCCUCAGGGAUCAUUCGGAAUUCAAGACUUACGAGAGCCGUGGGUUCAAGUAUUCUGGCAUUCGAAUUUUUUACAGGCAACAUGCAAAGGCCGAUCAACUACCGAAGCCUCCGUUGCCUCUUCUGGUCUUUCUGCAUGGACUUGGCGGCUCUGUUGCUCAGUUCCAUCCUUUGCUAUGUAGUCUGGUCGACGAGGCCCCCUGUUUAGCAAUCGACUACCCCGGAUGCGGCCGUUCUGAGUUCUCGGUCACGGAUUGGGCAGCUUAUACGACAGAAGCUUUGGUAGAGCUCUUGGAGAUCAUAAUCAAUGAUUAUCGGGACAAAGGCGCAGGCCAGCGUGUGGUUCUCAUCGGUCAUAGCAUGGGCACUGCCCUGUCUGCGAGAUUGGCCAACACUGGGCUUCGUCACACAACUGACCUGUCGCAUCAUGUGGUAGGACUAAUAGCCAUUUGUCCAGUCGCGAAUCCUCCGAAUGAGUCGUUGACGAGGUGGGCAAAGAUAGCCAUGUGGAUUCCAGGUUGGUUGUUUGACUUGUGGCGUGCCUGGGACGGUCGGGGUGGCCCCGAGAGCGCAAGUGUAAAGCGUUUUGUUGGGCAGGGCGCCGACAAAGCCACUCGGAAAAUGCAGUAUCGUUUCAACAAGCAGAGCCGUACUCCGGUUUGGAGGCGAAUGGCAAACGGUGCGCUACCAGUCUACAAUGAUGGCAAGCCCACGGGUGGUCUCCCAACUCUGGACACCUGGGCAGGGUUGGAUAUUCCUGUUUUUCUAAUCGCUGGCGAGAGGGACAACGUCGUUUCACCAAAGGAAGCCGAAAAGAUUGUCAAAGUUCUGGAUCCAGACAAGACAUCUCCAGAGUCGGAAGAUGGGCAAGAGAUGCAUGAGAUCAUUGUUGACACUGUUGCUCGUGUCAAUAUCUCAACACGACCACAAAGCAUUAGCGACCUCACCGAUGCAGACUUUAUGAAGGUGAAAUCUCCACACGUCGAAACUCCGCCAGAAGGUGGCAGUUCUACCGAUCCCUCGACUCCAAAUGAGACCUUGACCGAGCUCCCUCCUCAGCCAAGUCACCCUAAAAAGAUUGUCCAGUCUUUUGUGAUGCCUGCACCUGCAACACAUGCUGUACUAUAUACACCUUGCUCGGUUCGGGCUGUUGCUGGCUUGAUAUCCGAUUUUCUUGCUACAAAUGUCACAGGAAGACUAUCUCUUGCCUGGCAACUGCAGUACCUUUCGCGUGAAGGGAAAUGGGACGUCAAGAAUCUCAACAAGUGGAAGUCUGUCAACCCUGUGUCGGAUCCGAUUGGACCUCCUGGGAAGCCUAUUUUCCGUGCCCUCAAAACGCUCCGUGAAGCGGAUGAUGUGCACUGUCCGGAGGAAUUCGUUUCAAAGUGGAGUUCUAUUGUAAAAGAUGUCAUCGAUAUCUCCAAAGAUCAGCCUGUAUACGACCCUCGCGGGCUCGAGCGAGCUGGUAUCCGUUACCACAAAUUUCCGACGGUCUCCAAGAUUCCCCCGCUAUCACAUGAGAUUCAGGACUUCAUCAAGUUGGUCGAUGACAUUCGCCAGAGCCAGGCUGACCGUGCUCUCACGGAAGAAUGGAGCGAUCCAGAGCAAUGCGUGAUCGGAGUUCACUGCCAUUAUGGCUUCAACCGCACGGGGUACUUUAUUGUGUGUUACCUCGUUGAGAAGUGCGGCUUUGAUGUCCAGGAAGCCAUCGAAACAUUUGCCAAGGCGAGACCUAACGGAAUUCGUCACUCUCAUUUUCUCGACAGACUUUAUGUGCGAUACAAUGUCUAA